AUGAGUCGUAAAAACAUGUUAGAUCAUUUUGCAUCAAAUAUUCAUAUUUGUAAAACACACACAAUGAAGUUGUUUUUAAUGUUAUUAGACGAGAAUUGUAGAAAUUUUUUAUAUGAAAAUCUUUAUAAUGAAUUUAAAGAUGCAACUGAUAUGCCACUCCUCUUAGGGAAUGGACAUUCAAUUAAUUGUGAUUUAAAAGACGCUUUUAUUGAAUUGAAUUAUUUUAAUAACACAGUAAGUUAUAACGGUGUUGAUGAUCCUGCUGGUGUGGAAUAUAAAAAUUUAUGUAAACAAAAAUUUGACGAUUUCAUCAAUCAAGAAAUUAAAACAAAUUUCUCAUUUGAAUUCUUAUUGUUGUCAAGACUUGAUCAGUUAUGGACACUCAUAUAUCGAAAAAUUAAAGAGAAGAGAGAUAAAAAAUUUUACAAGACUUUGAUCGUAACUUUAAAUUUACCAAAUAACAAACUCUUUUCAGUUAAAAAAGAAGUCAUAAAUAUUAACAGGAUAGUAUACGGCAGUGAAGAUGAAGAUGAGAGUGAAGUUAUGAAAGUACUUAAUUUUUUAAAAAGUCUUGGAUUAGUCUAUUUAAUUAAAGAUGAAGAAGACAUCAAAUUUUAUACUUUUUUUGAGCAACUUUAUAGUGAAGUAGAUUCAUCAGAAAAAUCUUUAGUUCUUGAAACGAAUUUCAAACUGUAUGCCUAUUCAACAAAGUCAUAUGAUUUAAGCGUUCUUAAAUUAUUUGCUAAGAUUCUUAGUGUAAUAAAAAUAAAUUCAAGGGAAUCUUUCAUCAGAGGAAUAAUUGAUGAAAGUAUAAUUAUGGACAGUAUUAAAAAUAAGAAGAUUAAUUUAGAACAAAUUAUUGAUUACUUGUAUACUAAUGCAAGAAACAAAAACACAGUCUUAAAUAAGAAUUAUAAGAGUAAUUUAAUUGAGUUGAUGCGACUGUGGGUUAAAUCAAGAGUUGAGAAAUAUGAAGGUGUUUUAAUAGACGGAUUUAGAUCUUAUAAAGCAUAUCAGGAUGCACUUAAAGUUAUUGGAGAUGAACUAAUUUACAAGUCUGAUGAGGAUAGAACAAUAUUUAUCAGUGAUCAAGUAUAUCACAAAAAAAGAAGUUUAUUGUAA